GCUCACCUAAACAAACAGUUUCUGUUUCUCUAGUUUCGUCUUCUCUGAAACCAUCGUCUCUAGAGUGAAGAAGAAGAAGAGAAGAAGGGCAUCGGCAAUGGUGACCUAAUAUUGGAGGGAUUUAUUAGGUCCCAGCUAAUGGCAUCGCAGAAGCUUCAAACUGCCGCAUGACCGUAAAGAGAUGAUUUUGUAAUGAUUUUGGCCUUCUCCAAUACCCCUUUAAUAACAUCUAUAGCUUCAAUUUUCUGUAACAUUAGUGCAAUGCAAUGAAAUCACUGCACUCACUGACCAAAAGAAUUUCGUGUGUCCAUAAAUACCUUACCUGCAACCUCCAUCCAUCCAGACAGAUGCAGGAUAUGUGAUCCGUUUUGUACCACAUCCAGAACCCUAACCUCCCCUAUGAACUUCAUCCAAGAUAAGGGCCUCAUCAACAAUUCCAAUAUAGGCUGAAAUAUCAAAUGAGCGAAGAUAAAUAGGUCCGUGUGGUCAAUCAAUCCACUACAACAUUGAUCAGGUCUCGACCCUUCCCAUUGAUCCAUCCGUCCAGUAUAACGCUGCAUCCAGUGUUUUUUCAUGAAUCUCUGAUCUCUUUCUCAUACUGUUGUAUCUCUUUUACUUCUUCAGAGAGGAUUCAGGGAGAAUCCUCUCUUUCAACCCCUGACAAAUGGGGAUCUUAAAUCCAGCUUCACCACAAGUGGGUGGGGCGUUAAUCAUUUUCUGGAAGCUAAGAGAUUUUGCAACACUAAAAUCAAUGCCAGAUUCAUAGAAGAAUCUACCAAUGCAUUUUUGAGCUUCCCGUGACAACAGACUUUUCUAUUACAUUGGUGGCUGCUAGGGAACCUAUUCUUUCCUCUGAAAAAGAAACAGAUGCUCUCUCUCACUCUUUCGACCCAGACCCGAGAAAAGAGAUCGCUUAUGUUAUUUCCAUCUAUCAUUUUUCCAUCGGUUUCUCUAUUGGAUCCGGUGACCGCUGAUGGAACGGAGGAGGAAGAAUAGAAGUAUAGUGAUUCGACACGGAAAGGAAGGGAAAUUCACUCGCACGUGUAUGGUAGUUUAUCAGAUGGAUGUUCUUAACAAGGAGCCCUUCAUUACCAACUCCCACCAUCUCACAAGUCCAUAGGAAGUACGAAGCAGCAGAGAAUAUCAUUCUGGGCAUUUUAUUCCUACUGCUCUUGGAGGAAAAUUUGUGAACAAAUUGCUGCGCCAGCCCCAGAAUUGUAUCAGGUUCCUGCAUAUUCCAAUGGCAAAUCUCUGAUGGCCAGUCCAUACUUGCCUUGCAAACUCACAACUACAAAAUAAGUGAUCAAUGCUCUCCUCAUUAUUGAAGCAUAUAAAACAGAUGGAUGGUAAUGAGGUGCCUCUUUUCUGUAAAUAGUGACUGGUUAUAACAGCAUUGUUUCAGACCAGAACUGUUUGAAUGGACCACCUUGGUCUACCUCCAUUCCACCCUAAACCAUACCAGAAAACCUCUUGUGGAAGCCUCUCAAGCUGCCUUGAAAGAAAAAGAUCUUGGUUGCCACAACAACUUAUCUUCAUCCCCAUGAAUUUUAAAUAUCUUCAAGAGGGCUAGGACACAGGAGAGGAGAGGAGUCUCUGCAUCGUCAACAGAUCGUUGAGCUAGGGGCAAUUAUGUCAUUUAUUACCUGUUUCUCUAUGGGAUGUGGUGAUCACUGGAGCGAAGGAGGAAGGAGUGAUGUCAAAGCGGUCAGCCUCAUCGAACAUGGAAAAGAAAAGGAAAGAAAAAAAAGAAAGGAAAGGAAGAAAUACACUCGGGCGUUUAUAAUUGCAGUUGAAAUCGUGAUGUUAGUUUAUCAGUACUGCUCUGCUAUUCAUCCUCUGUUUUUGUGAUGGAUAUUCUUAAGGAGCCCUUCAUUACCUACUCCCACUGUCUCACAAGGUGGUGUUCUUAAGGUGCAAAUCACCAUUCACUAGUGAAACAAGCUUGCCUGCUUUGUUAUACCUCACCGCCACUAUCUGAGGACCAAAUUCUAGAGCUCUCAGCUGUCUGCAGUCCUAACUUAGUGGAAAUGCUUUACUCAUACGUUGGCUUUUCAUGAUUUUUGGCUAGUUCAAUUGUUCAUUCACAUCACUAAAAUUAGUUUAGAUCAGUAUAAAAGUACAGGAGUUGGUUAUAAUAUUACUUGGUGAGGAGCAAUAACCCUUGGGGAAGAAAGAAGAGGUAAAAACAAAAGGAAAAAGAAGGUGAUUAGUCAGUUUUGCAAUACCUUCUCUACCUUAGGAUUGAUUACCACCUCUUUAGGGCUUCCGGAUCCGUUUAAUAAAAAUGGCUGCGAAUGAAGUCUCCAUUGAUGUACAUGAUCACGGUUUGGCUCUUGAUGGGCAAAAGGGAAGAGUUAAAUGCAAUUAUUGUGGUAAAGUUAUAAGUAGUGGCUUCAGCCGCCUUCGUUACCAUUUAGGAGGCAUAAGGGGAGAUGUAUCUCCUUGUAUGGAAGUUCCUGCAGACGUGAAGGAACUAAUGAGAAACAAGCUACUUGAAUCGAAACAAGGAAACUUGAGCAAGGAAGUCGGGGAGCUCCACCACCCAAAUCUUCCUUGGAAGAGGAAUUGGUCUCCUUACUCGAAUGGUGAUGGUAAUACAUUGGAAGCCACUCAAACAGUUGGAUGUGGGAGCAAAAAGCGGGAUAAGGAGAACUCUACAUCAAAAAAUAGUGAGAGGGCAUCUGUUUCUUUUUCUGAGGGAAGAAUAGGUUCCCUAGCAGCCACCAAUGCAAUAGAAAGUCCGUUGUCAAGAGAAGCUCAAAAAUGCAUUGGUAGAUUCUUCUGUGAAUCUGGCAUUGAUUUUCGUGUUGCGAAAUCUCUUAGCUUCCAGAAAAUGAUUAACGCCACUCUAGCUUGUGGUGAAGCUGGAUUUAAGAUCCCCACUUGUCAGGGGUUGAAAGGGUGGAUCCUUCAGGAAGAACUAAAAGAGAUGCAGCAGUAUGUGAAGGAGAUCAGAGAUUCAUGGAAAAGCACUGGGUGCAGCGUUAUACUGGACGGAUGGAUCGAUGGGAAUGGUCAAGAUCUGAUCAAUGUUCUAGUUGAUUGCCCACAAGGACCUAUUUAUCUUCGUUCAUUUGAUAUCUCAUCCUAUGUGGGAAAUGUUGAUGCCUUCCAGUUGUUUCUUGAUGAAGUUAUUGGGGAGGCUGGGGUUGAGAAUGUGGUACAAAUAGUUACAUAUUCUGCAUCAGCCUGGAUGGAGGCUGCAGGCAAGGUUUUUAUGGAAAAACACAGGACAGUCUUCUGGACAGUCAGUGCAUCUCAUUGCAUAGCACUGAUGCUAGAGAAAAUUGGAGCUAUAGAUGUCAUUAAAGGGGUAUUGGAGAAGGCCAAAAUCAUUACAAAAUUCAUUUAUGGUCAUGCGGCAGUUUUAGAGCUUCUAAGAUAUCACACCGAUGGCUGUGACCUAAUUAAGCCCUCCAACAUUAAGUCAGCGAUGCCCUUCUUGACUCUAGAGAAUAUCGUGUCAGAAAAGGCGAACCUAAAGAAAAUGUUUGUUUCUUCUGAGUGGAAUACCUCAAUCUGGGCUUCUAGCAUGGAAGGGAAAAGAGUAGCUAAUUUAGUGGAGAGCAGCUCUUUCUGGUCUGGAGCCACUAUGGUUUUGAAGGCAACUAUCCCACUGGUGCGUGCUUUGGAAUUAAUCAAUGGGGAUGAUGAGCCGAAACUUUGUUUAAUAUAUGAAACGAUGGAUCAGGUUAAGGAAACAAUUAAAGAGGAAUUUAGAAAGAAGGAAGCAAAGUACAUGCCGUUCUGGGAAGUAAUUGAUGAGAUUUGGAACCAGCAUCUCCACAGUCCUCUUCAUUGUGCUGGUUACUAUUUGAACCCAGUUCUUACUUAUUCAAGUGAUUUCUUCUUUGAUACUGAGGUUUUCAGUGGCCUAUCAUGCUCCAUUUUCCAUAUGGUGGAAGACAAACAUGUUCAGGAUCUGGUUUUGCUACAAAUUGAUGAGUAUCGAAAGGCUAAGGGUGCCUUUGGCGAGGGAAGUGCCAUUGACCAACGAUUGAAUGUUCCUCCAGCUGUUUGGUGGUCCUACUAUGGAGGAGAAUGUCCUGAACUGCAGAGACUGGCCAUUCGAGUUCAAAGCCAGACGUGCGAUGGUGCUUCAAAGUAUGGGCUCAAGAGGACAUUGGCCGAGAAGCUGCUCACAAAAGGAAGGAAUCGUAUCGAGCAAGAACGAUUGACUGAUCUGACAUUUGUUCAGUAUAAUAUGCAGUUGCGGAACUUCAAGUUGGGUCAUACUGAUGGCACAGUGAAUGAAGAAAUGGACCCAAUGGAUGAUUGGCCUGUGGAUGAAGCAGCGUGGAUGGACGUGGAUUGUGGAGAUGCAACUGCCGAUGGAGGGGCUAUUAAUGGAGAAGGACCUUCUACUUCUCAUCCAUAACAGGAGGACCCAGGUGAGUAGAUAUCUUAAAAUGAAAGUGGAAAAAGAAGAGGAUCAGACAGUUUGGGAGAUCAGAUUUAAAUUUUCUAGGGUUCUUGGACUGGCCUUGUUUGGCACAAAGGUAGAUCAAGAGCUUCUGUCACCACAGAUUUGGCCAUUCUUGACAAACUCCUACUUUUAUUCAUUUGUCUGCUAUAUGUCAUAAUUGAAUGGGAAAUAUUGGUUCUGUGAACAAUUGGUUUUGCAAUUUUGCACUGAGGUUUGGGCUUGGAGUUCAGAAUUUGCUGGUUACUUUUGCAUGAAGGGGUUUAUAUAAAUUUGUUCUAGUUAUGCAAUGUCCAUGAGGCAUUCAAGGAUCAGAUGAUGUUCUGACUACCUAGUAUGUGUUCACAAAGGUGAUUACAGUUUUUGUGUUGUUGGAAAUACCUAUAGCUUUAUUUUUAUUUAUUUAUUUUUGGUACUGAUAAAAAUUGUGAUUUUUAGAUUGUAAUAAAUCUUCGAUAACACCUGCAGAAUUGGGUCGAAUAGCUUGUUUUGAUCCAGAAGGAUUGAUCUUGAUAUAUUCUUUUGGUAGAAAUGUGGAGUUCUUACCUCCCUCCAGUAGAGGUUGCAUAUUAUUAUUUUGUAUGGAACUAUGAAGACACCACUUAAUAUGCCCACUCUAAUUUUUUUUGCU